CAUUGCUAUGCCGAUGAUUAUGAAUGAUGUCUUGUCCAGUCUUGCCUCUUGCCUUGGUCUUGAAGCCAGUGAAGGGAAACUGUGUUGGUUGCGGAGUUUGAAUGAUAGUGGGCUCGGCUGUGCCUUGUAAGGAAGCAGACACAGUUGUAUUGCCACUGAGCUACAGAAUUUAGGACUUGGUCAACACACACCGGCAUAUGCACACUGCGGUAGUGGGAGAGGAAGCGAGCCGCUAGCCGUGCCGGUGCCUAGCCUGCGCGAGGAGAAAAGCUCAGCGAGCCGUCCACAUUGGCCGAUCCAUUGUUUACCACGUCCGCGACAGAUCACAAGCCGUAGGGUGCGCUGGUGCACAAAGUAACUUCCCUGCUACACGGAGCCGAAAGCGCUAUCCAACUGAAUUGUAAAAUCUGCGCUGCAAGGAAGAGAUCGACUGGCAAACGCCAUGGCCAGUAAAACGGGCGCACUGACAUGGGAGGACAAGGCGAUUCGCUUCGACGUUUCCGACAGUAACUUGGAGAGCAGGGCGGGCGAGAUGGUAGUCGACUCCUUGUCGCCCGUCGAGGAUACGAAAGGCAACAAAGGUGACAAAGGCAAGCUGUGGGUAACAAACUUGAGGCUGAUCUGGAAGUCGAUGGAACGCCGCCCGUGUCCAAACCUUUCCAUAGGACUAUCGUGUGUGAUCAAUAUUUCGAGAAAGAUUUCACAGAAUCGUCUCCAUGGUCGAACUGAGAGCAUAUACGUCCUGGCCCAGAAUGGUCAGUCGGAACCGAGGCUUGAGUUCAUCUUCACGCACCUGAGCACGGUGAAGAGCUGCAUGUUCGCCUCACUCAAGUCCAUACAGAAGGCGUACGACACGAGCACAAUGUACCGCAACGUCAAGAUGCGCACGGUGCUGACUCAGAACGACCGGCUCAUCAUGCUGCGCGACGAGCAGAUCUUCGAAACAGUGGACGGCGCCUGGAACCUGAGUACGGACUUUGGCAAUCUGGGCACGCUGAUCGUGACCAACAUACGCAUUGUCUGGCAGGGCAAAGCCAGCUCUACGUUCAAUGUCAGCAUCCCGUACAGAAUGCUGAAGGGUGCGCGGAUCAGGGAGUCGAAGUUCGGACCUGCCUUGGUCCUGGAGACGCGGCCUUCUGGCGGCGGCGCAUACAUCCUGGGCUUCCGGAUCGAUCCGCCGCCGCGGGCCAAUGAAGUGCACAGCGAGGUGGCCACUCUGUGGAAGAUCUACCGCCAGAAUCCAAACUAUGGUGUCUACUUUGAACGUGAGAAGCGCGACGCGGAAGAUGGAGUUCCACAGCAGCCACCUCGACGAGCCGCGUCAGACUUAGUCAUGGAAACCGAGGAGGAAGAAGAGGCCAUCAGCAGCGAUGCUUUCCUAGCGUACUUUGCUGACAACGAUCGCAAAGACGUCAAGAAACCGAUCGUGUUCAACCAGGACCUGCAGCUGGCAGUGGAGCGACUUCCCGAGGGCACCUCCAUCUCUGAUCUGUGGGAGGUCACGAAGAAUGCCAGAGACGCGGAGAGGAAGAAGAAGGGAAAGCCCGAGCCGGCUGCUGCUGCCACCACCGACAUGGCUGAGUGAGUUGAAGCUGAUGAAGUGUGAUGCAAUGUGAUGCAGCGGGAUGUGAUAUGGUGUAACACACAGGACAACAUGAAGUCACAUUGAUGAAAUUAUUCCACUGGAAAACUCGAUCGUCAAGUACGAAUAGAAAUUAUAAGUACCAUCAUCGUCAGCACUAGCCGGAUGGGAAGUCGGUAAACAAAAGCCUUUGUCCGUAACUAGCUGCACAUCGAUGAGUUACAAGCAACGGUUGUACCUGAACCCCUCGAAUGGUGUAUUCUUGUGACGUGUUCGCUCCUUGCCGCCAGCUUGCCUUUACUGGCUUCAUGUCAACUAAUAUCCAACACAACACAUGCUACCAGCUGAGUUUGCAGACACUUUGAAGAACGUGAUAAUUCGUUUUCGGAAUCAUCCCUGAAAGGAAGACCCACCGCCAUGUGCGUGGACAUACUCAGUUCUGUUAUCCCCUACUGGCCUAGUCUCUCAUAUCCUGCUACUGCGUACAGCCCAACACCACUGUACUAUACCUUUUUUACUUGAAGUUGAUCUCAUAGCUCAUAGCAAGAUACACUCCUCGCUAGUUUCUGUUCUUGAUGUCGGGUUGUAGUAUGAUAAAUUGAUAAUGUCUUGCCACCUGCUGGUGCUAUUCUGCUACUGUGCAAUCAAUCCUAUAGUAUGUGUUCUGCACGAAUUUGCAGACACAGUCACA